CAGGAAAGACUGGUCAACCAACAGCCAGCCCAAGUGCAGGACAGAGUGGUCUCCCAACAGCUACUCCAGGUAUAGGGGAAAGUGGUCAGCCAACAGCCGGCCCACCAGGUGUAACAGGAAAGAGCGGUGUUCCAACAGCCAGUCCAAGUGCAGGACAGAGUGGUCUGCCCACAGCAUCUCCUAGUGGUGGAGUCAGUGGUCAGCCAACGCCUGGACCAGACCAUGCUAUCAACAAUUCCCCAAGUACCAAGUCACACACUGUGGUCCCAACAGCUUCCCCGUCAUAUCUGCCUGUUACCAAGACAACAGCUAUAUACACUACUUCUGGAAACACAAUUACCAUCACAAAGAAAGUGUGUGACAUCCCAAUGGGCACCGGAAAUCGUGAUCUUUUCGGAAGGGACCAGUUUUCUUCUUCAACAUCUUUCGACUACAGUUUUGAGGCAGAUAGGGGACGUUUGGAUACAGCCAAAGAAGGAAACCUUGCAGGAGCAUGGAUGCCAAGAAUGAACGACAAAGAGCAAUGGAUACAAGUUGACCUCAAACAUCCUGAGUUCAUCACUGGAGUGGUAACACAGGGACGACCAUCCAUGGAUCACUGGGUCACAAAAUACACUGUCCUUACCAGUAUAGAUGGAAUUGACUUUACUCCUUACACCAGGAGUGGGGAAACGGCCACAGUUGUAUUCACUGGCAAUUCAGACAGAAAUACUCAGGUCAGAGGUUUGUUUGACAGGGAAAUAAUUGCCAGAUAUGUUAGAAUCCAGCCCCAGGAAUGGAAUGGCAUGAUUGCUCUCCGUUUUGAUAUUCUAUCAUGCUCAGGGCUCACAAGUGGACCAGCCACUAUUGCCCCACCUGGUGUCUCUGGAAGUCCAACCGCCGUCCCACCAGGUGUCUCUGGUAGCCCAACUGCCGUCCCACCAGGUGUCUCUGGAAGCCCAACUGCCGUCCCACCAGGUGUCUCUGGAAGCCCAACUGCCGUCCCACCAGGUGUCUCUGGAAGCCCAACUGCCGUCCCACCAGGUGUCUCUGGAAGCCCAACUCCUUCACCCAAGGCUGGAAUCUCUGGAAUUCCAACUCCCAAGACUGGAAUCUCCGGAAGCCCAACCGCCGUCCCACCAGGUGUCUCUGGAAGUCCAACUGCCGUCCCACCAGGUGUCUCCGGUAGCCCAACCGCCUUCCCACCAGGUGUCUCUGGAAGCCCAACUCCUUCACCCAAGGCUGGAAUCUCUGGAAUUCCAACUCCCAAAACUGGAAUCUCAGGAAGCCCAACCGCCGUCCCACCAGGUGUCUCCGGAAGCCCAACCGCCGUCCCACCAGGUGUCUCUGGUAGCCCAACUGCCGUUCCACCAGGUGUCUCUGGAAGUCCAACUGCCGUCCCACCAGGUGUCUCCGGUAGCCCAACUGCCGUCCCACCAGGUGUCUCCAGAAGCCAAACCGCCGUCCCACCAGGUGUCUCUGGAAGUGCAACUGCCGUCCCACCAGGUGUCUCUGGAAGCCCAACUGCUUCACCCAAGACUGGAAUCUCCGGAAGCCCAACUGCCAUCCCACCAGGUGUCUCUGGAAGUCCAACUGCCGUCCCACCAGGUGUCUCUGGAAGCCCAACUGCCGUCCCACCAGGUAUCUCUGGAAUUCCAACUGCCCGCCCACCAGGUGUCUCUGGAAGCCCAACUGCCGUCCCACCAGGUGUCUCUGGAAGCCCAACUGCUUCACCCAAGACUGGAAUCUCCGGAAGCCCAACUGCCAUCCCACCAGGUGUCUCUGGAAGUCCAACCGCCGUCCCACCAGGUGUCUCUGGAAGCCCAACUGCCGUCCCACCAGGUAUCUCUGGAAGUCCAACUGCCCGCCCUCCAGGUGUCUCUGGAAGCCCAACUGCCGUCCCACCAGGUGUCUCUGGAAGUCCAACUGCAGUCCCACCAGGUGUCUCUGGAAGCCCAACCGCCGUCCCACCAGGUGUCUCUGAAAGUCCAACCGCCGUCCCACCAGGUGUCUCUGGAAGCCCAACUGCCGUCCCACCAGGUGUCUCUGGAAGCCCAACUGCUUCACCCAAGACUGGAAUCUCCGGAAGCCCAACUGCCAUCCCACCAGGUGUCUCUGGAAGCCCAACUGCCGUCCCACCAGGUGUCUCUGGAAGCCCAACUGCUGUCCCACCAGGAGUGUCGUCCGGUGUCGUGUGCAGUCAACCAAUGGGAAUAGACAACGCAUUAACUGUCAAGGACAAUCAGAUCACAGCAUCAGGAUUUAGUGGCAACAGAUUCACUGCUCCUGCUGGACGUCUCUUCAACGAAUUUGGAGCAUGGUCACCUAAAGUCAACAACGGUGACCAGUGGAUAAUGGUGAAUUUCCUGAAGCCACAGGUCAUCAAUGGUAUCUUGACCCAAGGAAGCCCCAUCAGUGACAAAUGGGUUACACAAUUCAUCGUAUCAUACAGUACGGACGGCUUCACCUUCAUUCCUAUUAAAGACUCGGCGACAGGGAAGAGUAUGAUCUUUACUGGCAACAGCGACCGGAACACCAUCAUGAAGAACAUCUUCCCUCAACAGGUGACUGUACAAUACAUCAAGAUCACUCCCGUCGCCUGGUCCCCAGCUGGCAUUGGAAUGCGUUUCAACAUGCUUGGCUGCUACAAGCCAAGUAUUACACCCACAGCGACUCCUACGGCCAAGCCAACAGUUGCCCCUGAGUUCACUGUGACAACCGGAGUUACUAUGCCCGAGCCAUCACCGGUGUCAACGCUGGAGCCUGUCUGCACUGUUCCAAUGGGAGUGGAAAACUACAGGAUUGUUGGUGAAAGUCAGUUGACUGCUUCAUCAGAGAAGGACAAGGCACAUGGUUCAAUCUAUGCACGAAUCUACCAAGGAAUGGAUGAAUUUUCUGGAUCCUGGGUCCCAGCACCCACAGAUAAGACACCUUGGAUUCAGGUAGAUUUUCUGGAGCCCAAAACUAUCUCUGGCGUCAUAACCCAGGGAUCUGGAAAGGACAAUGGUUGGGUUGAGACCUACACAGUCAGAUACAGCUUCGAUGGCAAAACUUUCACUGACUACACUGGCACUGGAGGCAAGCCCGCCAAGGUGUUCAAUGGCAACUCUGACUCCAAAACUCCAGUUCCUGUCCUUUUCAACAGAGAUAUCAUUGCACGUUUCGUCCGUAUUGUUCCAGUGACGUCUCAUGGAGUGACAUCCCUCAGGUUCAACAUCCUCGGCUGCAAUCCAUCCCCAGCUAAUCCAUUAAUACCAACGACAGCUGGACCAGGAACUCCAACAGCUAGUCCACCACUCGGUGGACAGAGCGGUGUACCAACAGCAAGUCCUCCCACAUCAUCCUGCAAAACCAGCCACUGGUCCCCAUGGAUCAACAAGGACACGCCUGAUACUGGUAAAGGAGACUAUGAGAAGAUCACACCAGAACAGCAACAACAGUACUGCUCUGGUGGGAAACUCACAAAGAUUGACUGUCAAACAGUAGAUGAUAUUGAGUAUUUCAGCAGUGGAGAAGUCAUGAAGUGCUUACUGACAACCGGGUCAACUUGCAAUAAUGCUGACAACAUGCCCAUACCAUGCAGUGACUACAAGAUCCGCUACUUCUGUGAGUGCCUUGCCCCAACAGCCAGUCCAGUUCCUGGGCAAAGUAGUCAGCCAACAGCUAGCCCAGGCAUUGAACAGAGUCUUUUGCCAACAGCCAGCCCAGUUCCUGAAGUCACGACACAAUCAGUGUGUCUCAUCCCAAUGGGUAUCGAAAACUCCUACUUUGUCAGCAACAGCCAGCUCACAUCUUCAUCAUCUCUUGAUGCCAAACAUUCUGCAUCAGUAGGACGUUUAUACAACACCAAGGGAGCAUGGAGCCCAUCAUCAAAUGAAAAGCAAUGGCUUCAAGUGAAUUUCCUGAAACCAACUCUUAUCUCUGGAGUGAUGACACAAGGUAGUCCCGAAGCUCCUAAAUGGGUUACGAAAUACAAUGUCUUCCUUGGAUUUAACGGCAACGACUUUUUCCCAUACACAACUAUCCCUGGAGAGUCAACACCAGCCAUCUUUGAAGGUAACAUGGAUAAAAGCACACCCAUUAGGAACCUCUUCAACCGUGACAUCACUGCACAGUAUGUCCGCAUCGUUCCAGUGGAGUGGUCAAAGGAUGGCAUUGCCAUGCGAUUCAAUAUCCUUGGAUGCACACCACCAGAGCCCAAGCCACAAACACCUGUUCCUGGUGUUCCAACAGCCUCACCUCCUAGUGGACAGUCUACGCCAGGACCCUUCCUCAAAUGUGAUGUUCCCAUGGGAAUCCAAAACCCCGGUCUCAUUGGUGACAGACAACUCACAGCAUCUUCCUCCCUCAACGAGUUCACCGGUGCCGAGCGCGCACGGCCCUAUACUCAGAAGGAUGGAUCUUAUUCGGGAGGAUGGAUUCCAAAAUACACAGAUACAAAACAAUGGAUCGAGGUUGACUUCGGUGCAAGCUAUGCAAUAGCGGGGGUUUCUACUCAAGGACGAUCUGAUGGUGCAACUUGGGUGACCAAGUACGAGGUCUACUACAGCAACGAUGGGCGUACGUUCAACGCAAUCUACCCUGCUCCAACAGACACAGUUCCACGUGUAUUCGAGGGUAACUUUGAUCGUAACACCCCACUCAUGAACGUCUUCGCCGAAAUCAAUGCACGUUUCAUAAGAAUCAGACCAGUGGAAUGGCAUGAAGCUAUCGGAAUGAGGUUCAAUGUCUACGGAUGCCAGCUUCCUUCUGCCACCCCAUCCGUACCAACUGGACUGACAGUGCCAACAGCUAUUCCAACAGCUAUUCCAACAGCUGGUCCCACAGUCGGACCUGUUUUCACGACCGCCCCAUCUACCUCCUCCUGCAUGUACUGGACACCCUGGGUCAACUCCAACACUCCAGAUACCAACGGCGAGUAUGAGUCGUUCUGGGACAUGAUGACCUCAGUGAAGAUCUGUGACACCAAGUACGUCAAGAAAAUGGAAUGCAGAACAGCUGCUGCCAAAAUACCGUUUGACCAGACUGGAGAAACAGGAGUCAUGUGUAACCUUGACACCAAGUCCCUUGUCUGUAUGAACACCGACCAGAAAGGAGGCAAAACUUGCUCCGACUAUGAAAUAAGAGUCUUCUGUGAUGAAUGCAGCAAGCCCACAGCAGCCCCAUCAGCAAAUCCUAGCAUCCCCACUGCUGUCCCCAAGACAUGUGACAACAAGUGGUCCGACUGGAUCAACAGACACGAACCUGAUGCUGUCGGUGAGACUGAAAAGGUGACGAAAGAAGACCUUGACAGACACUGCGCUGGUGGUUCUGUAGGAGAGGUCGAGUGCGACACAGUUUCGGACAACAUGGCUUACUAUCUCAGUGGUGAUAUUGUCAAAUGUGAUGCUCAAACUGGACUAUCCUGCAAGCACAGUGACAACACACCAAUGAAGUGUCAUGACUACAAACUUAGAUUCAAGUGCAAGUGUGAGAGUACACCAACAGCCAAACCUCCAACAUCUGGCACAGAGGUUCCUUCCGUGGCCGGCUGUACAACUAGUCAAUGGAGUUCUUGGAUCAACCAGGACAAACCAGGCGUUGGUGGAGGAGACUACGAGAAGAUCACGCCAGAGCUGCAGAAACAAUACUGCUCUGGAGGAACACUCACCAAGAUUGAGUGCAUGACAGUCGAUGGUAUCGAAUACUACAGCAGCGGUGAAGUAAUGCAGUGUACAAUGGCAGGUGGAUUCACUUGCAACAAUGCUGAUAAUUUCCCAAUGCCUUGCAGUGAUUACAAGAUCCGAUACUUCUGUGACUGUACAACACCAGUAACCACCGGAGCUCCAGGAAUCGGAGGAAGUGGCACACCAACUGCCAGCCCCGGAAUUGGAGGAAGCGUCACACCAACUGCCAGCCCCGGAAUUGGAGGAAGUGGUAAACCAACUGCCAGCCCCGCAAUUGCUGGAAGCGGUACACCAACUGCCAGCCCUGGAAUUGGAGGAAGCGGCACACCAACUGCCAGCCCCGGAAUUGGUGGAAGCGGCACACCAACUGCCAGCCCCGGAAUUGGAGGAAGUGGUAAACCAACUGCCAGCCCCGGAAUUGGAGGAAGUGGCACACCAACUACCAGCCCCGGAAUUGGAGGAAGUGGUACACCAACUGCCAGUCCCGGAAUUGGAGGAAGUGGUACACCAACUGCAAGCCCCGGAAUUCAAGGAAGUGGUACACCAACUGCCAGUGAAAAUCAGUGUACCAACAGCAGGUGGUCUUCGUGGAUCAACAGAGAUAAUCCAAAUGUUGGGGAUGGCGAUUAUGAAUCAAUGACAUCUGAUGAGUUAACCAAAUUAUGUCCAGGAGGAAAAAUUACUGAAGUCAAAUGUGAAACUGUUGAUGAUAUUCCGUCCUACAGUAGUGGUGAAAUUAUGACCUGCGACAAAAACCAAGGUGUCAUCUGUAGAAAUGAAGACAACUUCCCAAUGCCAUGUAGUGACUACAAGAUCAUGUACUACUGCCAAUGUGCACCAACUGCUUCACCCCCUACAGGUACAGCAGGUACACCAACAGCCAGCCCCAUCGUAGGACAGAGUGGUCUUCCCACAGCAACUCCAGGUGUUACAGGAAAGAGCGGUGUUCCAACAGCCAGCCCAAGUGCAGGACAGAGUGGUCUUCCCACAGCCAGUCCAGGUGUUACAGUGAAAAGCGGUGUUCCAUCAACCAGUCCAAGUGCAGGACAGACUGGUCUUCCAACAGCAACUCCAGGUAUAGGACAAACUGGUGGUCUUCCCACAGCCAUGCCAGUUGUUACAGGAAAGAGCGGUGUUCCAACAGCCAGUCCAAGUGCAGGACAGAGUGGUCUUCCAACAGCCAGCCCAGGUGUUACAGGACUAAGUGGUCAGCCAACAGCCAGUCCAAGUGCCGGAUUGAGUCGUCAACCAACAGCAGUCCCCACUGUCACAUCUUGUUCCCAAAGUCAUUUCUCCAACUGGGUGAACAGAGACUUGCCAGAGUCAGGAAAUGGAGACCAUGAAUUCAUGACUCCUGAUGAGUUGUCUUCAUUCUGUAAGGGAGGCCAGAUUACCAAGAUUGAAUGUUAUACUAACGAUAUCCCAUCCUACAGCUCUGGAGAACUUUUAACUUGCGACCUGAAGAAUGGCCUCACUUGCAACAAUGCAGACAAUGCCCCAGUGCCAUGCUCCGACUACAAGGUCCGCUAUUUCUGCGACUGUAGUGGAACUCCGCAGGUGACAUUAACACCACCCAACAAGAUGCUUGCUAUCCGAUGUGACUGGUCUCCGUGGAUCAACAUUGACACUCCAGACUCAGGCCAUGGUGACAUGGAAACCAUUGACUCCAUCAAGACUAAGCAUGGCGUCUGCAAGAACAUGAAGCAGAUCGAGUGCAGAAUUGCUGGCACAAACACGAUGUCAAGUGCGGCUGGUCAGAGCAGAGUCACCUGUGAUGUGGACAAUGGUCUUCGUUGCUACAACAACGAGCAGCUGUCUUCCAAGUGUUACGACUAUGAAGUUAGGGUUCUCUGUUGGGAAGACACAUGCAAGGGUCCAAUACCAACUGCAGGUCCAACAGGUGCUCCCCACAUCCACACUACAGGCGUCGUCCACGUGUCAACUCAUGUCACAGGCAGUUCAUACAUACACACGACCGUUGCUCCCCUGGAGAGAACGACGACUGCUGUGUGUCCUCCUGGAGAGAUGUGGAAUGCCUGUGCUCACACCUGUGACCAACUCUGCAACGCUGUGUCUGGGGAUAUCUGUGACGGCACAAACCCUCAACAAUGUGUUCCAGGCUGCAAAGAUGAGACAAUCACCGUUCCUAAAUGUGCUGAUGGCGAGAGACUCAAUUACAAUGGCCAAUGUCUGAAGGCAGAGCUCUGCCCAUGCAAGAAACCAGAUGGUACAAUUGCUAAGCCCUUCGAGUUCUACAAGAACCCACUUGAUGAGUGUUCAAUGUGCCACUGCUUCAACAAUGCUGAAGCCUGCACAAAGGAUGAAAGCUGCGUCCCUACAGCAGGACCGUCUGUUCAGCCAACCAUUCAACCAGAAUGUCAUUGGACCAACUGGAUCAACGUUGACAAGCCAACAACUGGCGAUGGUGAUAUAGAAUCGAUUCUGAAGCUGAGAACCACCAACUCCUUCUGUGCUCAUCCACUGAGCAUUGAAUGCCGUGAAGUAUCCACUAAGACUACAGCAAUGGAGUAUGGACAGAAGGUAUCCUGUGACCUCACAACUGGUUUCACCUGCUACAACUGGGAGAACAGUGGCAAAUGCGGGGACUACGAGGUCCGCUUCUAUUGUCCAUGUGCAUCAACCGUAUCUCCAUCAACUAGACCAUCAGGACUCCCAACUGCCUCCCCAAGCGGACAAUCUGGACUCCCAACUGCCUCCCCAAGCGGACAAUCUGGUCAACCAACUGCCUCCCCAAGCGGACAAACCGGCCAGCCAACUGCCUCCCCAAGCGGACAAUCUGGUCAACCAACUGCCUCCCCAAGCGGACAAACCGGCCAGCCAACUGCCUCCCCAAGCGGACAAUCUGGUCAACCAACUGCCUCCCCAAGCGGACAAACCGGCCAGCCAACUGCCUCCCCAAGCGGACAAUCUGGUCAACCAACUGCCUCCCCAAGCGGACAAUCUGGUCAACCAACUGCCUCCCCAAGCGGACAAACCGGCCAUCCAACUGCCUCCCCAAGCGGACAAUCUGGUCAACCAACUGCCUCCCCAAGCGGACAAACCGGCCAGCCAACUGCCUCCCCAAGCGGACAAUCUGGUCAACCAACAGUUUCACCUCCAUUCUGUGGAUGGUCGGCGUGGACUAACUCUGAUCAUCCCGAUGUUAUUGUUCCCAAUAAGCCAUUCGAAGGUGAUAUCGAAUCAAUUGCUUCUCUUAUGACCAAAACCACCGUCUGCAGUCACGAUAUGAUGAAGCGGGUUGAAUGCAGAGUAGCAGGUACCAAACAGAUGGCAUCUGCGGCUGGUCAGUCGAUCACGUGUGAUGCAAUACGUGGUCUCCGGUGUAACAAUCUGAAACAAAUUGAUGGAAAGUGUCUUGACUACGAAAUGAGAGUGUUCUGCGACUGUUCCACUUUACCUACUGCACAGCCAAGCAUUGGACCAAGUAGCCUCCCAACAGCCAGCCCAAGUGCAGGGCAGAGUGGUGUUCCCACAGCAAGUCCAGGUGUUACAGGAAAGAGCGGUCAACCAACAGCCAGUCCAAGUGCAGGACAGAGUGGUCUUCCAACAGCCAGUCCAAGUGUUACAGGAAAGAGCGGUCAACCAACAGCCAGUCCAAGUGCAGGACAGAGUAGUCUUCCCACAGCCAGCCCAGGUGUUACAGGAAAGAGCGGUGUUCCAACAGCCAGUCCAAGUGCAGGACAAAGCGGUCUUCCCACUAUCACCCCAGGUAUAGGACAGACUGGUCUUCCAACUGCGGUGCCAACUGUCUGCGGAUGGACAAAGUGGAUGAAUAGUAACACACCUGACAAUACUGGUGAAAUGGAAUUGCUUGCAAAUCUCAGACAACAGUUCCAAUUUUGCCACACUGAAGAUAUCACAGCUUUAGAAUGCAGAGACAGCAACACACAUAAAUCCGCCUCGGAAUCUGGCCAGGUUGGUGUAACAUGCGAUAUGAAAUACAGCGGUCUAAUGUGCAGUAACAAUAAGCAGAUGGUAGGAGGCACAUGUUUUGAUUAUGAAGUAAGAGUGUUGUGUGAACCAAAGGGUGUUGAUUGUUCUAAAGUACCAACAGCCAUUCCGACCGUAGGACAGAGUGGACUUCCAACUGCCAGCCCAGUAGUAGGACAGACUGGUCUCCCCACGGGUACACCAAGUAUUCUUGGACAACCAUCAAUCAGCCCUAGUGCAGCACAGAGCGGCCUCCCAACAGCCAGUCCUAGUGCAGGACAGAGCGGACUUCCAGGUGUUACAGGAAAAAGCAGUCAACCAACUGCCAGCCCAAGUGCAGGACAGAGUGGUGUUCCCACAGCUAGUCCAGGUGUAACAGGAAAGAGCGGUCAACCAACAGCCAGUCCAAGUGCAGGACAGAGUGGUCAGCCAACCGUUAGUCCAGGUGUAACAGGAAAGAGCGGUGUUCCGACAGCCAGUCCAAGUGCAGGACAGAGUGGUCUUCCAACAGCUAGUCCAGGUGUUACAGGAAAGAGCAGUGUUCCAACAGCAAGUCCAAGUGCAGGACAGAGUGGUCAACCAACAGCUACUCCAGUUAUAGGGGAAAGUGGUCAGCCAACAGCCGGCCCACCAGGUGUUACAGGAAAGAGCGGUCAACCAACAGCCAGUCCAAGUGCAGGACAGAGUGGUCUUCCAACAGCCGGUCCACCAGGUGUUGUAGGAAAGAGCGGUGUUCCAACAGCUACUCCAGGUGUUACAGGAAAGAGCGGUAUUCCAACAGCGAGUCCAAGUGCAGGACAGAGUGGUCAACCAACAGCUAGUCCAGGUAUAGGGGAAAGUGGUCAGCCAACAGCCGGCCCACCAGGUGUUACAGGAAAGAGCGGUGUUCCAACAGCCAGUCCAAGUGCAGGACAGAGUGGUCUUCCAACAGCUACUCCAGGUGUUACAGGAAAGAGCGGUAUUCCAACAGCGAGUCCAAGUGCAGGACAGAGUGGUCUGCCCACAGCUAUUCCAGGUGUAACACAAAAGAGCGGUCAACCAACAGCCAGUCCAAGUGCAGGACAGAGUGGUCAGCCAACAGCUACUCCAGGCUUAGGGGAAAGUGGUCAGCCAACAGCCAGUCCAAGUGCAGGACAGAGUGGUCAGCCAACCGCUAGUCCAGGUGUAACAGGAACGAGCGGUGUUCCAACAGCCAGUCCAGUUGCAGGACAGAGUGGUCUUCCAACAGCCGGCCCACCAGGUGUUACAGGCGGAAAGAGCGGUCAACCAACAGCCAGCCCAAGUGCAGGACAGAGUGGUCUCCCAACAGCCAGUCCAGUGUUUGGAUCAUCAUCCAGUGUAGCCCCAGGCAUGCAGACAACAGCAGUUGUUGGCCAAACCACAACACCUGUGCUUAUCUGCCCUAAUCCCAUGACCAACACUGCUGCGCUUGAAGUUCCGGACAAUCAUCUUAGUGCAUCCUCCAGCCUCUCUGAGUAUGCAGGACCACAGAGAUCUAAUAUUGAUGCAGUUUCCGAUAAAGUCAACAUCGGAGCUUGGAUGCCCAAGACAAUGGACAAAGGACAAUGGAUUGAAGCCAGAUUUGACCACCCUGAAUAUAUCAAUGCUAUUAUCACCAAAGGACGGGAAGGAUCGUCCCAAUGGGUGAAGGCAUUCAUGAUCGCUUACUCAAUCGAUGGCAAGACCUUCCAAUACUAUGAAAAGUCUGCUGGCUCUCCUAAGAUCUUCAACGGAAACUUUGAUGGCGACAGUGCAGUGAGAACAGUGUUGACACCAAUUGUUGCUAGGUACAUCAGAAUCCAGCCAGUUAUAUGGGAAGGCGCAAUCGCUCUCAGAUUCAGCAUCAUUGGCUGCAGGGCUCCCGAGGAAGUACUUCCUACCCUGGUGCCCUCUGCUGGUCCUACUGCUGCGCCCCAACAGUCCUGUGUGACAAGCACCUGGUCAGCCUGGGUCAACACCAACAGGGCCACAGAUGGACAACAUGAGUUCAUGACCGAGCAGCAGCUCACUGAAUUCUGUCCCAGUGGUAAGGUCGACAAGGUGGAAUGUGAGACUGUUGAUAAGAUUCCAUCCUACAGUACUGGAGAAAUUGUGCAGUGUACAGUUGAAAAGGGUCUCGUCUGUAAAGACGGAGACAACGCCCCCAUCCCCUGCAGUGAUUACAGAGUCAGAUACCACUGCGACUGCUCCGGCGUACCAACAGCUAGCCCAGGUCAAACCGGAAGUGGCCUCCCAACUGCAAGCCCAGGACAAGCCGUAAGUGGAACCCCAACAGCAAGUCCCGGAGUUCAACUGACAGCAAGCCCAACACCAAACAUACCAGCUGGAUGCAGAGAAGAAAUGGGUAUGGCAAACGGCAUCAUCCGCAACGACAUGAUCUCCGCCUCCUCCUACCGCGACGGCCUUCACUCCGCCAUCAGUGCACGUCUUGGAGGAAACAGUGCCUGGUUGGCCGCCACUGAGAACAAGAACCAGUACAUCCAGGUCGACUUCCUUGCUCCCAGGAUCAUUACCGGGGUCACCACUCAGGGCCGCCCGACGGCUCCCAGCUACGUGACCUCCUACAAGGUGUUCUAUUCCUACGACGGUGCCAACUGGAAUGCCUACAGAGAGACCAAGGGAGAGGAUAUGAUGUUCUCCGGCAACUUCGACAACCUGACUCCCGUGACCAACACCUUCAUGACGCCAAUCCGAGCCCGCUAUAUCAGGAUUAGUCCUCAGACAUGGAGCGGCAUGAUCGCCCUGAGGUUCGAGAUCCACGGAUGCUUCGAGAGCUAUCCAACCAUGUCGCCUACACCAGUGAACCCGCUCAAACCAACAGCCUCGCCCCUGCCGGGCAGUUCCUCCACCGCUGUACCCCCACAAGUCCAAACAGUCACACCCUUCCUUCCAGCCGGAUGUGUUACCUGGGACAAAUGGAUCGAUCUUGGCCACGUGACGCUUACAUCUAAUGGCGACCGCGAGCCAAUCGAGGAGGUGAAGAAGGCAUCAUUAACAUGUCAGCAGCCCAUGAGCAUCGAGUGCCGAACCGCCACCCCCGACCACACCGCUUCCGGAGAAACGGGGCAGAAGGUUACCUGUAAUCUGUGGGAAGGUCUCGUCUGUAACAACGCUGACCAGAAGGAACCUAUGUGCUUUAACUAUGAAGUCAGACUUGGCUGUCUGAAACAGACCCCAGAAUGCUUGUCUAAGAUUCCCACCGCCACACCCACCGCCGGCCCAUCCGUCUCUCCCCCCAUCAAUGUCAUCCCCUGCUACACAGGAAUGGACCUGAGUCAGUGCCCCAAGGAGGGAUGCUCCAACGGCUACUACUGCGACGGAGUCCAGUGUGUCAAGAAGGCCGAGUGUCCGUGCAUGAUUGAUGGUCAAGUUGUCCUGCCUGGUCAAAUCUCCCAAAACAGCAACUGCGACACCUGCCAGUGUGUCCAUGGAGAGGUCAAAUGUCUGCCCAAGACCUGCUCACCCUGCAAAGAGGGUCUCUCAACCGUUUUGGAUAAGGAUACAUGCGAGUGCGAGUGUGAGACAUGCGCAAUUGGAGACUUCCGUUGUGGAAAUGGCCAAUGCAUCCCUCACUCUGCCAGAUGUGAUGGUGUCGCUGAUUGUACCACUGAUGAGUUCGAAUGCAUGUCCACCCCUAUCUUCACACUGCCGAGCACCCAUCCACCGUCACCAACAAUGCCAGGAACAGCUGCGCCCACGUUGACAACAAGUCAUUUCAACGACAUUAUCACCCCAUCUGUCAAGAUUGUGACAACAGGCAUUGUGCCCAACACCACCGUCCACCUACCACCACACGUGCCUACUCCAACUGCCUGUGUCGAUGUCAAGUGUUCUCCCCUUGUUCAGCCUCCACUGAACCAGGGUGAGGUCGCCAAGGUCAUCAAGAGCCCGGAUGGUUGCUGUGAGGAGUAUCUGGUUGUCUGCGAGCCACGUCAAUGCCCAACCAUCUCCAAGGAUUGCAUGAAGCCCGAGGUCCUCACCAUGGUCGACAGCGGCGAGAGGUGUUGCCCGGAGUACACUUGUGUGUGUCCACCAAAGUGUCCAGUUCCUGCACAACCACCAUGUGCUUUCGGAUCCCAGGUUGUGGACAUCUUUGGUGGCUGCAACUGCACAACCAAGGCAUGUGUUGCCGGCACUACGAGUCCCUUCCCCGUGGUGACCACGGCCGUCACCAUCCCCGUCUGCACAUACUCAAUGACCAAGGUGGUGACCAAUGGUAAGGAGGUGGACCGCCCCAGGCCAGUCGAGGUGACCCACACUGUUGGUCAGCAAUGGGCGGAUGGCCUGUGCAAGACCUGCCAGUGUGUCAACACCACCAGCGGUACUGCAGAAACAACAUGCCAUGAACAACAGUGUCCUGCUUGCAAACUGGGAGAGGAGAGACGCACCACCGACGGCACCUGCUGUGGUGAAUGUAUGAAGACUGGUUGCGUUGACAGCGGCAAAGUUUACAAACAAGGGGAGAAGAUCCCAUCUUCUAUGAAGUGUUUCGAAAAGAUGUGUACAGUGGACAUAAUGACGGGCGACUUCAUCCUCCAGCAGACCCAAAUACAGUGUGAAAGUAUCGACAAGUUGCCAGUGUGCACAGGAAGCGAAAAGGCCUACGAUUCUACUGGAUGUUGUCUCAGAUGUGUGCCUACAGAUAUGGUGCCAACCAACUCCUCCAACUCGGUAUGCCAGAGUUGCACUCCCAGACUGAUGUUCGGACAAGUCCAGCAAUCCAUUGGCUUCUUCAAGGUCAAUGACGAGGGUGAGGUUUGCUCUAACGUGGAACCAAUCCCAGAACUCAAGGAAUGUGCAGGAUAUUGUGGCUCUACUUCAAGUUACACCUCACUCAUGCGCGGCUUCGACAACAAAUGCCUAUGUUGCCAGCCAGCCAAGACGGUAGCCAAGUCUGUCCAGCUUGUUUGCGGUACUGGCAGGAAGAUCACCAAGACCUACAACGUACCGGAAACAUGUGGCUGCAGCGCAUGCUCAAAUGGAGCAUAAUCUCAAACCCACUUCCGCUUAAGGCCUGUGAAAGUGACACAAAAGAGGUGCAAUCCUCACCAUUCCCGUGUGACAACAUGACAUAAAUGCAAAAACUAUUUAUUCAUCAACUUGUGAUUACAAUGCUCAAAAUGAUUUAUGUUUAAGUUUUAGUCUCAAAAUGAAACUGUACAUAUAUAUGUUAUACAUUUUCUGUGCAAUGUUCUGAACCUGAACAAAAGAAAAUACAAGUUGUUAAUGUGUUCACCAAUGAAUAUAACUGAAUGUCUUACUAAUGAUAUGUGCACUUUGUUUCAAGAUGUUAUACAUAUAUUUAUUGCAAAAUCAUGGUGAGGAAGUCAAUAAAAGCAAUAUUAAUUUACAAAA